AGCGACUGCACGAGCUGGACAGCUCCCAGAGGCGUGGAAUAUGGGGGACAGAACUCGUGCAAAAAAGAACGUCAUUCCUAUGGUGCCCGCAUUGACUACCUAUCGAGCGCACAUGAUGCUCAUGACGACUCUGGCGAUUCUGGCUGUGGAUUUCCCCAUCUUUCCCCGCGCGUUGGCCAAGUGCGAGACAUUCGGCGUUUCAUUGAUGGACAUAGGUGUAGGCUCAUUUGUGUUCUCUCAAGGCGUCGUAUCAGCCCUGCCCGUUCUGAAGAACCCCGAUCACCUAUACGCCUACCCUCUGCCCAAAAUCAUGGCUUCGGCAAGAAAAGUACUCCCUAUUCUUGCUCUCGGGUUGAUCAGGGUGGUCCUAGUCAAAGGAGUCGACUAUCCUGAACACGUUUCGGAGUAUGGCGUCCAUUGGAACUUCUUCGUUACUCUUGCUGUGCUUCCAGUAGUACAAACCGCUUUGGACCCUCUGAUUGCCAGAUUUUCCAUAACUAGUCUUGGAGUUUUGGUUGCAACAGCUCAUCAGACUACCCUUUCAUAUCUGGGUGGCUCCCAUUACAUCCUAGAAGCUCCGAGGAUCGGUAUAAUCAGCGCAAACAAGGAGGGAAUCUUAUCGCUCCCAGGUUAUCUUUCGAUACAUCUGCUAGGCUUGUCGCUUGGUACCAUUCUCCUACCUCCCGAUCCCAACUUCUUGAGGAAGUUAAGACGUCGAAAUCAGGCCUCGAAUGAUGGAAAGCUCAAAGCGAGCAGCAGCGAUUCAGAAGAUGACGAUGAGAAAGUAGUCAGCAAAGCGGCAGCGACGGAGCGAGAACCCGGGAAGACCGCGAUUGAACUGUGUUCCUAUGCCAUCGUUUGGUGGACGUUGCUCGGGUUGUGCCAGUGGACAAGUGUCGGAGGAGGCGUCAGUCGCAGAAUGGCGAACUUGCCUUAUAUACUUUGGGUGGCUGCCUAUAACACGACCUUCAUCCUUGGCUACUUCGCCCUCGACAUGUGGUUCUUCUCUCCUCCGUCCCUAUCCAAGUUACAGUCGCGAUCUCGCCCAAGUAGAGGCUCCCUGCAGGGUCAAGGGUACGAGACGACAUCGCCUGUACGCCGGAGUGUCACGCCGGAACCGCAGGCGUGGGCAUCAACAUCCACGUAUGCCUCAGCUGGAAAGUCGAGUUCAUCCCGGCGUCCGGCAUACGCGCGCGAUGACUCCAGAUAUGCACGGCUCGAGAUCCCACCGACGCCCACGGUGCCGGUGUGGGAUCAGUCCGAGAAUAGUGAGGAAGUGCGCGCGCCGGCGCUGUUGGAUGCCAUCAAUCGCAAUGGUCUGAUGAUUUUUCUUCUGGCAAACCUUGCGACUGGCCUCGUCAAUCUCACGAUGCCGACGAUGUAUAUGAGCGAUGGUCCUGCCAUGACUGUGCUGGUCGGCUAUUCCUUGGCAUUGUCGGCUGCUGCUUGGUUCAUGAGGAGCAGGCGCAUUAUCAAAUUGUAGAACGCUAGGUUGCGUGUUUUCUGUCAGAUAUGACUCGAAUCAAAA